AUGGCAGUAGCCAAAGGCGCCGACAAAGAGUGCACCAGCCACGUGGAGGAUAUUGAAGAAGGGCAGAUGGGGGACAAGAAAGAGGCCGUGACAGGCACUGUGAGGCUCACAGAGGGUUCAAUUGUGUACAUUCCUACACCGACCGCGGAUCCUCAAGAUCCCCUUAAUAUGCCAUAUUGGCAAAAACUGGUGGUUGUGGUCGUUAUAUCCAUCUUCUCGACUCUAGGACUCGCUCUUGUAUCUGGAUUUGGCGGGUUGCUGGGAUUUUACAUACCGGAGUAUGGAGCCGCUGGCAAAGGAUAUGCCGAUAUCACUCACCUGAUGACAUAUCCUACACUCUUUAUGGGUAUCGGUAAUCUCAUCGGUAUGCCUCUGGCCAUCGGCGUCGGACGGAGAAUUGUGCUUCUAGGGUCGACAGUCAUUCUCGUCAUCGGGGCUAUUCUCUGUGCGACAGCUAAGACCUUCGAGUGGCAUUUAGCAUCCCGGAUGGUGGUUGGCCUCGCUGCGGGACAGAGCGAGGCUCUGGUACCCAUGAUCACGCAGGAGAUCUUUUUCCUUCACGAACGAAGCAAGGCCCUGAUGGGACAACUGGCGAUUCAGGUGACCCUAACAUCGAUUUGGGUCCUGUGCGCGUCUCCAAUCGCAGAAGCAAUCACGCCUCAGUGGUGGUAUGGCCUGGGCUCUGCCUUGUCCGGAGUGCUUCUCGUCCUCGCGUUUUGCUUCCUCCCAGAAACAAAGUAUGAUCGGUCGGCAAGCUCCUAUCAAGGGGGAAGUACAUCGGAUGACGUGAAGGCUGAUAGCUCUGCCACCGAAGGCUGUACUGAGCGUCCAGAACUGGACUUUGUUACUUUUGCUCCCCGAACCUGGAAGUCCGAUUUGCGACUUUGGAUUGGAACUCCAGACUGGAGUCAAGUUGCGGAGGUGUUCCGGCAAACCUUUGAGCUUCUGUUCUUCCCAAAUGUCUUGUGGGCACUUCUGCUGAACGGACUGACCAUUGGAGUGAACGUAGCCAUUGGUACGACCUACAGCACCGUUCUCUCCGCCGGCCCUUACAACUGGCCCGACAGCAGUGCCAGCUACGUCAACUGUGGCCAGAUUAUCGUUGCUCUCCUUGCGCUUCCGCUUCUAGGCCACGGGUCAGACUGGCUUAUCAAGUACUUCGCCCGGCGGAACGAGGGAUUACACGAGCCCGAGAUUCGAAUUAUCCCCUUGAUCUUUCCUAUCACCGUCGGGGUCUUCACUGCAGUGCUCUAUGGCCAAGGGGCGGCCAGCCCCUAUCACUACCACUGGUUCGUGUACGUCUGGACCGUGGCCGCAUAUUACUUCUGCUUUGUUGGGGCCAACAUUGUGGCCAUCACCUAUCUGCUAGACAGUUAUCCGACGAGAGCUGGUCCACUCUUGGUUAUCAUUUGCGCCUUCCGCGGAAUUAUUUCUUUCGGCACGAGCUAUGGAGUUGCGCCAUUCAUAGAGCGAUAUGGAUACGAUGGCACGUUUGUGACGUUUGCAGGGCUGACAGGUGGUCUUGGGUUGCUGGGGAUCCCUAUCUUCAUCUGGGGAAAGCGCAUUCGUCAAUUCACAGGGCAGUUUAUCAAGACAGGUUAGUGGGGAUAGCUUGCUCGUCCAUAUACUGCCUAUUCCCAUGUAGUAGAAUGGGCUUAAUAUGGGACGGGGAUGACUGCGCUCAAGCUGGGGCACUGCACCGUGGACGUACUGUACA